CAGCUGUUUGCUUAGUUUAUUGUUUAGCUACAUAUGCCACUAUUUUAACUAAAAAUAGAUAAUCUCGUGGAAAAAUAACGUAAAUUCUUUUUAUCGUUGUCUGACGGCACAAUUGAUGGAAGUUGAGGAUCAUGGAGUUCGAAUUUAAGGAAAACUCAAGUGAUGGCACGGACGGAUCUCCUGUAGAUCUCAAUCUGCGUUUCCGACAUGCAGGCGACCUUACGGGCGAGCCUCCAACGCGAGCUUUCUCUGAAAUCAGCAUUAAAGUACCCUGGGGCCACAUUGCUGGUAAAUGGUAUGGACCCCAGACUGUGCAGCCCAUAUUGGGCCUGCAUGGCUGGCAGGAUAAUGCAGGGACAUACGAUUUGUUAGUGCCUUUGCUGUCGCCAGACGUGGCAUUCCUUUCCAUAGAUUUGCCUGGUCAUGGAUUGUCUUCACGUUUGCCCGAUGGCUGUUAUUACAAUUCGGUUGAUAAUCUAUAUGUGAUAAGGCUUAUCAUGAAGCAAUAUAAGUGGGAGAAGGUAUCACUGAUUGGCCAUUCGAUGUCUUCCAUAAUUGCUUUUGUGUUUGCAGCUGUCUUUCCCGAUAAGGUAGAUAUGGUAAUUGGCAUUGACGCCUUGAAGCCCCACCAGCGACCUUACCCUGCGGUUAUACGCACUAUGGAGACGCGUCUCGAUGAAUUUCUGCGGGAAGAUGAACGCAAUCGCAGCAAAACAGAGCCACCAAGUUAUACAUACGAUGAGCUGAUCGAGCGUGUCUAUCUUGGUUCCUUUCACUCUGUCAACAAGGAGCUAUGCAAGCAUAUUCUUGCGCGCAAUAUCCAGAAGUCGGGAAAAUAUCCGGACAAAUUCUUCUUCUGUCGUGAUCGCCGCCUAAAGUUCUACAACUAUGCGAUUGGCUCCCAGGAACUGUGCGUCGAAAUGGCCCAGCGCAUCACGUGUCCCUAUUUAUUCAUCAAGGCAACCAAUUCGUCAUAUUUUGAGGACAAAAAGUACUACGACGAAGUGCUUGAGGUGUUGCUAAAGAAGCCAAACUUUGAGUAUGUGGAGGCAAGUGGCUCGCAUCAUCUGCAUUUGAAUAACCCAGAAGCUAUUAUUGAUCCGGUGAACAAGUUUAUACAUCGCUUUGGCCCCGCUGCAGUUGCAGCGGCACGAAAAAAGGCUAAGGAAGCUGCCGAGAGCAAACUCUAAACCUCAACACACACAACAACAACAAGACAAAAGUUCGAUUGGGCUUAUUUAUUGUUGCUUAAAUGAUUCUGUGUAUCGAUGUCACAUCACUUAAUUUUAUUUACUUAACUGUUGCUUAUACUGUUAAUGUCUGGCUAUGCCGCUGCUGUAAAUGCACAAAGUAUAUAUACACAUGCUACAUGUAACUA